AUGCAUAUUAUAUUAAACGGGCCGUUCAACAGAUUGUGUCAGUUAGACCGGUGUGUACACAAUGCGUCAUGUAAAAAAUCGUUCUGGCGGACAUGUUUAGUGGACAUUAAGAUCGAUUAUCUUUGUGAAAAUAUCCCUAACCAAGCUGGCAAGGUAGCCAUUGUUACUGGCGGGGCUUUAGGGAUCGGUUACUAUAUAUCCAAGGGACUAGUUUCCAAGAGCGUUCAUGUUUUUAUUGGUGCGAAAUGUAAACAGACAGCAAUGGCUGCCAUAGACAGAAUACAUGAAGACUUUCCAAAUGCUAAAAUUGAUUUCAUCCAGUUAGAUCUGGCAUCCCUGCAGUCGGUAAAAUCGUUUGCAGAGGAAUUUCUGUCUAGAGAUCUUCCUUUACAUAUACUGAUAAAUAAUGCUGGUAUAAUGAUGCCACCAUACGAAGAAACUGUCGACGGUUUCGAAAGCCAGUUUCAAGUGAAUUUUCUGAGUCACUUCUACUUGACACAGUUACUUCUCGCUAAAUUGACACAAUCUGGCAAAGAUGAGCGGUGGUCAAGAAUAGUAAAUGUGUCUUCGUAUAUGCAUCGUAUUGGCCGACCGUUUAUCACUAAACUUGGACAAAGGGCCCAGACAUGGUUCGAAUACUCGUCGCAUAAAGCAUACGCAGAUUCGAAAUUGCUGAUCGUGGCCGCCACUCUUGCACUACACCAUCAGCUGCGCGCAUCUGGCGCGCCUGUUUCCGCUUCAGCUAUACACCCAGGCAUCGUGACGUCCGGUUUGUGGCGCCACCUGACGUGGGUACAUAGAAAGCCGAUCUCCUUGCUGGGAAAAUAUAUUUUUCUGACACCUGAGAAAGGCGCAGUUACCGCAUUGUUUUCCGCGUUGUCACCUGAUCUAGAAGGCAAGAGUGGGUGCUACUACGACAAAUCAGCGAACACCAUUCCGGCAAGUUUGACGCAGGAUGCGCAAUUUCAGACAGAAGUGUGGUCCAAGAGUUUGUCUUUGAUUGACAGUUGUGUACAAUCUUCGGAGUGAUGUGUAUUUAAAUUUUAUAUAAUAAAUGUUGAAAGGUG